CAUUAACAAUGGAAUAUCUCCUUUUUAAUUUACGAGGCUAGAGCGAGCAUGGACCGUGUUCGCUUGUUGCUGAGUGCAUGUGAGCAUGGCGAUAUCCCAUCCGUUCAGGCGUUACUUGAUGAAGGGUUGGAUGUAGACAGCACGGAUGCUGACGAAACGACCCCUCUUCAGGUUGCAGCUGCCAAUGGACAUGAUCACAUUGUCCGCCUCCUGCUUAUGCGAGGAGCAGCCUUGGACAGACGCAAUGUGUAUGGUUGGACCCCUCUCAUGCAGUCAUCGCGUCAUGGUCAUGCCAAUGUGGUAGCAACCCUUCUACAGCAACGCCAGGCCGACACAAAUGCCAAAAACCGCCUUGGGGCAUCAUCAUUGACCCUUGCUGCCCGUGGGGGUCACCUGCAGGUGGUGCGUCUAUUAGUUGAUUUUGGAAGUGACCUGAAUGCUUCGGGGAACAGUGCAAGUGGGGAGUGUGAGUUUACUCCUCUCUUAGCUGCAGCUCAGCAUGGACAUGAUGCAGUACUUCGGUUCAUUCUUGACCGUGGCAGUGAUGUGAACUAUCGGACACCAUCCACUGGUCAGUCUGCACUGAUGUUGGCUGCUCUCAAUGGCCAUAUGAAGACUGCCCAGAUCCUGGUUGAGCGAGGAUGUGACCCAAAUGUUGUAAAUGUUGAUAACAAGACUGCAUUAGAGAUUGCAACACGCAGGGGUAGGAGGGAGGUCGCCAGCUAUCUUGACAGAAAGACAAUUAACAAGCCAAAAAUAGAACCAGAAGAGGUGAAACCUGACAUUAUCGAAGCAGCCAAGCAUGGUGACAUCCUUCGGAUCCAGGCAAUACUAGACAAGGACAUUAGCCAAAUUGAUGCCAGCUCCCCCCAGGAUGGGGCCACACCUCUCAUGUUUGCUGCCAUGACGGGUCAGUUGGAUGUGGCCCGCCUUCUGGUUGCCCGCGAGUGUGAUAUAAACAAACAAGACAGUAUAAGUGGAUGGACAGCACUAAUGCAGGCCACAUAUCAUGGGAAAAAAUCAGUGGCAGUGUUUCUGAUUGAACAAGGAGCUGAUGUAACCAUACAGGCCAAGAAUGGAUGUACAGCUUUUGACAUGGCACUUAUCAUAGAGGAUGUGGAUACUGAGCUGCUACGACUGCUGGCCUCAAAAGCAAUGUCAGUCAACAAGGAGGACAAAGGGAAAAAGUCAUCUGCUAAGCAGAAUGGCCUUUCAAAGACAUUUACUGCUGCAGACUCUGGUGUGGAUGAACAACCCAAAAGUGGACUGAAGGCCUGGUUGAGUAGAUUGACAAGUAGAAUUAAGAAUACGAAGCUUGGCCGUACUAUGAACUCUACCAAUCGUCUCACUCCCGUCACUGCCCUACACUCAUCAACAUCUGUACAGGACCUCACCUUGACCAUUCCUAAAAGUCCACUUGUGCCACCCAGGAAAACUAACAAUUUCAUGGACCAGUCCCACAUCUCCACAAGUUAUGAUCAGAUUCUUCUGGAAAACAAGAAGAGUGCUUCCAUGUACACACUGGACAUAAAUCCACCAAACUCCAAUUUGACCAGUGAGACUUUAAAGCCUGUCAUCCCUCCUUUUUUGCCAACCCCUACUUUUGACUUGGACAUCUCCAGCCCGCGUAGUAAGCAGCUGAGUGCCCGAGGCCCUGACACCAGUUCUACCCUACACUCACCUGUGCGUCCUAUGAUGAAACCGCCAAUGAUGUUCAUGCCUAACAAAACCAGUAGUAACCUGAGCUCUAGUCCUGCCAGUCCCUCUAGCUCAGGCAGGUUUGUGGCAGCCAAUCAAAACAACGGUAAGGCUUGCAAAACAGGGAAAUUUCACAAUGGCAUAUAUUCUCCUACAAACAAUAAAGGACCUCUAGUUUUCUUGCCACCACAGACACCAUCACGACUGUUCAUGCCACGGAAAUCAUCUGUACCAUCAGCCUUUAGAACAGCGUCCAACACAACCUCACCAAAUAGCUCCACCAGCGGUAGUUCCUCUGUCACACCACAGCGUUCGCACUCUCAUGGUCGUAGCACCUCGUCCAAGGAGAGCACCACCUCAACUCUCACACCUUCACCAUCACCAACUCCAGGAAAGUUCCAAGAGGAUCCUGGACAUAUACUCAGCUCUCUACAUGAGAAUGAAAGUAACACCAAUGAUGAACUUUCUGGUAUUUUGAAGAAAUUAUCACUGGAGAAAUACCAACCAAUAUUUGAAGAACAAGAGGUGGACAUGGAGGCAUUCCUUACCCUGAAUGAUACUGACCUGAAUGAGCUUGGUAUCUCCCAUACACAGUCACGUCAGCAGAUCCUUAAAACUAUAUCGGAACUUAAAACUGGAAAGGGUAAGGAGCGCCAGCAGUUUGUUGACACAAUGACCACCUUCCAGUCAACACUUAGGGUUCGACCAGCAGACCCUGCUAGUAGAAUCAACGGGUGGUCACAUCCUGCAUCAUCUGGUGACACAGAUCAUUCUUGA